UUUAAUAAAUUGCUGAUUGCACAUCCUCCAACAACAGCCAUGACAAUGCCCGGAGACGAAGCUACUUCUUCCGUCCUCCAGCCAACAGUAGGGCUCGUCAUAUCUAAAACAUAUGCGAUCCACGCGUUUCUCAUAUCUGCCGCCGUUGAUCCAACCCUUCCUCAGGACAUCCGGCAAACGGCCUCAACUUCCUCUCUUCAUGUUUCCGUACCUUACAGAUCUCUUCGGUCAAUCUGGCUUUCGUCCAACCCCUCUACUCGACCCGGCCUUACUCUGCUUCUGUCUGGUUCCGGCUUCCUUCUCAACAGCCCCAAGCCAAGGGAGAAGAGUGAGGAACUCAAGGCAAGACUAAAGAAGCUAACUGAAGUGGCUGAGAGAAAAGAGUAUGAAGAGCUUGUGAAGGAUAUUGCCCCCAAGAAAAGCACUAAUGAGCCAUUUUCUUCCUAUAAAGAUCAACUGGGAUUUGGACUUCAUGUUGUGGUAGUAAUGUUCACAGGCUAUUUGGUUGGUUAUGCAGCAUUCCGAGCAUUGUUUAGCCAUAAUCCUGUUAUGAACACAGCAGGGGGAAUCCUUGGAUUGGUUGGUGGCAUGCUUGUGGAAACUCUUCUUUUCAUCAUAAGAACAAAUGAAAAUAUUACAUGUUCUGCUUCUUCUGCAUCAAAACUAAAGAAGGAUCAAUAGGGUUGACCUUCUUAUUAGGUUAGAUUUUUCCUUUAUAAUGUGCAAGUGUCCUAAUUUCUUUAUAAGGGGAUUCAUAAUUUUGCGUGAAAGUGUACUAAUUUCUUUGUAAAGGGGAUUUAAAAAUUUGUUUUCAGAUAACACAAAUUUAUCACUUAACCUGAAAAAUGACAUUUUUGUUUAAUUUGAGA